AUGGACAAUUGUAUAUCACCUUCCUUCGGUUUAACAUCAAAGCUGUCUUUAUUCGCCAGAUAUUUGUAUUCAGUGUUGCAAAAGAACCCGGUUGCUGGAGAACAAAAUUGCGAGAUCAUCGUGGAGGCUGUCCGUCUUAUUGCAGAAAUUCUCAUCUGGGGCGACCAAAAUGAUAGUACAGUUAUGGACUUUUUCUUGGAGAAGAACAUACUGGAUGACUUUAUGAAAUACCUUAAACAGAAUCCCGGACGUUUGCUGUGUGUACAGUUACUGCAGACUCUCAAUAUUUUAUUCGAAAAUAUCUCUAACCAGACUGCCAUAUAUUAUCUCCUUUCCAGUACCCACACAAAUGAAAUUAUUACACACAGGUUUGAUUUCUCUGAUGAAGAGGUGGUUGCAUACUAUGUCUCAUUCUUGAAAACGCUUUCACUUCGAUUAAACGCCCACACAAUCAAUUUCUUUUAUUUUGAGCAACGUCGUGAAUUCGAUCUCUAUGUGGAGGCGAUCAAGUUGUUCUGUCACCCUGAAAACAUGGUCCGAAUCGCUGUACGAACCAUUACACUAAACGUUCACAGAGGUAACUGCUUUAUUGGAUUAUCCUUCAUUGUAAUGUUACAUCAUAGUAAAAGACGAGGGAGCGUUGGAGUUCAUCCAUCAUCAGACUUCCCUCUCACAGAUGCGAUCGGCUCAUCUUACUUGUCAGAUAAAGACGUAUCAUACGUUCUGGCAUUAAUGCCUAUGCAUCCUGUAAAACCUACUCGUGAACAUUGUUAUGGGCGCAUGUUUACGCGUGUACUAGCUUACCUUAGUAGUAUAUUCCAACGGCAGAGUCGGUGCCACGUAAGUUAUGUUUUUAAUCAAUUUUUCCAUGUAGAAUAA